AUGUUUAUGUUACCCCGUUUUACUGCGAGAGUCUUUAGGCCCGCUACUAGAAGUUUCUCCAAGAGUGUCAUCCGCUCUUACGCUGCGGCCUUUGAUCGUUCGAAACCACAUUUGAACAUCGGUACAAUCGGCCAUGUCGACCACGGUAAGACUACAUUGACAGCAGCUAUCACCAAGACCCUAGCCGCCAAAGGUGGUGCCGAUUUUCUCGACUAUUCCUCAAUCGACAAAGCUCCUGAAGAAAGGGAACGUGGUAUCACUAUCUCUACUGCCCAUGUUGAAUAUGAAACCGAAAAGAGACAUUAUUCCCAUGUCGACUGUCCAGGUCACGCUGAUUACAUCAAGAACAUGAUUACUGGUGCUGCUCAAAUGGAUGGUGCUAUCAUUGUCGUUGCUGCCACCGAUGGUCAAAUGCCACAAACAAGAGAACAUUUGCUGCUAGCCAGACAGGUUGGUGUGCAACACAUCGUGGUGUUUGUUAACAAAGUCGACACUAUCGACGACCCUGAAAUGUUGGAAUUGGUUGAAAUGGAAAUGAGAGAAUUAUUGAGUCAAUAUGGUUUCGAUGGUGACAACACCCCUGUCGUCAUGGGUUCUGCACUUUGCGCUCUUGAAGGUCGUGAACCAGAGAUUGGUGAAAAGGCUGUCAUGAAGCUAUUGGAUGAGGUCGAUGCCUACAUUCCCACACCAAAGAGAGACCUAGAAAAACCAUUCUUGAUGCCAGUUGAAGAUAUUUUCUCUAUCUCCGGUAGAGGUACCGUCGUCACUGGUAGAGUUGAGAGAGGUAAUUUGAAGAAGGGUGAAGAAGUCGAAAUCGUUGGUCACAACACUCAACCUCUAAAGACUACUGUCACUGGUAUCGAAAUGUUCAGAAAGGAAUUGGACCAAGCCAUGGCUGGUGACAACGCCGGUAUUUUGUUGCGUGGUGUCAGAAGAGAUCAAUUGAAGAGAGGUAUGGUUUUGGCCAAGCCAGGUUCAGUGAAGGCUCACACCAAGUUUUUGGCCUCCUUGUACAUUUUGUCCAAGGAAGAAGGUGGUAGACACUCUGGUUUCGGUGAAAACUACAGACCUCAAAUCUACGUGCGUACCGCUGAUGUUACUGUCGUUUUGAAGUUCCCAGAAUCCGUCGAAGAUCACUCCAUGCAAGUCAUGCCAGGUGACAAUGUCGAAAUGGAAUGUGAAUUGGUUCACCCAACUCCAUUGGAAGCUGGUCAACGUUUCAAUAUUAGAGAAGGUGGUAAGACCGUUGGUACCGGUUUGGUGACUCGUAUUAUCGAGUAA